CAUUGCUCGCUUAAAUUAGGCCAACCGUUGAACCCCGCGUAUUCUCUCUCCCUCUCUCUUCUGUCUUUCUCUCUCUCUCUUCUCAACUGGAUUCGUUCCUCCCCCAUUUCUGAGAAGGUGGGGAGAGAGACCGACAGGAAUUUGAUCCACCUCUUUCUCUGGGUCUAAUUCCAAUACUCUCUUCAGAUUCAUCCACCCAUUUGUUUCAAUUGCUUGGAACCGUCGCACAUUUUUACUCUUUUAAUUUGCGGGUCCUGAAUCGCAAAAACCCUAAAGGGCGCCAAUUUGGAGGUACGUUCAUGUUCCGGACGAAGAACAAGAAAGCGAGGAUUUUUCGCCGGAGCCAAUUCGAUUGGAAGUUAUAGAUUCAAAGGAAUCCUUUGAUUUUAUCGGAUAUCCCCCGACGCAAAAGGGGGUAGAUGCGAGCAAUCCCCCCGAAAACUUGAAGCCUUAAUCGAAGAUUCGUAUCGGUUCUUCAAAACCCAUGGAUUCGACGUUUUCGCGCUUUGGAUUCUUGAUUAUUGGCAUUUCCAUUAGCUUUUAUGUGUUUACUGCACAAUCCCAGGGACAAAAUGGGAGGAGUGAUGCCGAAUCAGGAUCACCGGCUUUUAUUGUGUCCAGCCCUCCACCCCCGCCCCCGCCCCCGCCCCCUCCACCACCUCCACCACCGUCUCCUCCGCCUCCUUCAUCACUUCCUGGGACACGUUUAGUUGCUCCACCGCCAGGAUCAAUGCCUCCCCUUUCUAACGAGAUGGGUGCGCCACAGCCGCAACGUCACCUGGGCCACCACCACCACCACCAUGUGCACGCACCGCCACCGCCACCGAAGAUGAAUGCGGGGAAAAAGGUUGGACUUUUGUUUGCUGGCAUUGCGGCAACCAUGCAAGUUGGCAUGGUUGGGUACUUAGUAGUAAAGAGAAGACAACUUUUGAAUAGCGAUGAGGACAGAUACGAGAAUUGUUCUUGAAAUAGAUUCUUAUCAAUUCAUUUUAAUUUAUAAAUUUAAUGGAUUGAAAUUCUUUCUUGAAAGCGUAAUGGUUGGGAGAAGGGGAAUAUUGUUUGGAUUUUACAGAAUCUGAUGGAAGGAACAUGAAAAGGCAAGCACGUAAAGACACCAAUGAUUUUAGAAAUUAUUGGAACAUGAAUUGUGUGCAAUUGAUGCCAUCAUUUCGGCCCUUGGCGUUACUGUGUAUAUUGGUACUGCUAGUUCACGUUUCAUGCUGUGUUGCCUCUUUUUCCCUUAGUUCCAUUACAUUGGCUUAUAAUGGAAAGAAAAAGUAGCCCUCAUGUACCUUUUUUUAAUUUUUUUCUUCUAAUUUGAUCUUUUUUUCUAACAUGUUCAGUGUACAAUGAUGCUAGGAAUCUUUAAAGAAUUAACAAUGACAAUCUUAUAUUCUUUGUUUUUUCUCCUCCA